CGGUGAAUGCCACUGCUCUCUACGUUUCAGCGAGCCGCCUGGUGCUCAACUACGACCCGGGGGACCCCCAGUCCUUUACCGAGAUUAACAAGCUCCUGCCCUACUUCAGGCAGUCCCUCUCCUGCUGCGUGUGCGGAAACUUGCUCCAAGACCCUAUUGCUCCUACCAACUCCACAUGCCAGCAUUAUGUCUGCAAAACUUGUAAAGGCAAGAAGAUGAUGAUGAAACCGUCAUGUAGCUGGUGCAAAGACUACGAACAGUUUGAGGAGAAUAAGCAGCUGAGCAUUCUAGUGAACUGCUAUAAGAAACUGUGCGAAUACAUAACACAAACUCCACUGGCCCGAGACAUCAUCCAGGCAGUUGAUUGCUCUGCAGAUCUCUUGGCUUUUCUCAAAGAUGGGUCGCCACUCCACGAAGAGCCAGAGAAACCUUCCGAUGCAGCCCUGGCUUUGUGUUUGACACAUUCCCCAGUACCUUCGACCUCGGAGCUCGUGAACGAUCCUGCAGCGAGUUUCUCGUCCGUACCUGAAAGCUCCCAUAAUCUCGACAUCCGAAGUUCCGUUAUCAACGGGUUGCCCAGUUGUAAUGGGCUGUCAGUAGAUAAACUCGGAGUGAAUAUCCCUUCUCCUGAACACACAAACACAAUUGACGUGUGCAGUACUGGAGAGUAUAUAAAAACUGAAGAUAUGUCUAGUAGUCUGCAGCCCGUGUGUGAUACGGUUUCUACUAGUGACUUGUGUCCAACGGGCAUCGACAUCUGCAGCUUCAGUGAAGAUAUCAAACCGGGUGGAUCGCUGCUCCUCAGUGUCGAGGAGGUUCUGCGGAGCUUAGAACCACAGGCUUCAGUAUUUGAAACCGUUUCGAAUUUGCAGCCCAGCUUGGAAGCCAACAUGACUAACGGCCCUUUUCUGCAGCUUUCUCCCCCACCUCUUAGCCAUAACAUUUUCAUGUCCACAGAUGCGUCUCCUCACGGGAUCUCGUGUACAGCGGCAACGCCCAAGGUAGUUAAGUUAAACAGAAAGCGAUCUCGGUCGGAAAGCGACAGCGAAAAGGUUCAACCUCUGCCCAUUUCCAGCAUCAUCUGUGGCCCAACGCUGGGAGCGUCGGCUCCCGUGACGGUGAAGCAGGAAAGCAAAAUGUCUUUGCAGCCUAUUGCGACUGUACCUAACGGAGGCACGACUCCCAAAAUUAGUAAAACUGUGCUCCUGUCCAACAAAAGCAUGAAAAAGAAUUUAGAACAUGCCCCUAAGAAAUCCCACCCCAAAGCCAAACCGGGAGUGCUGAAAACAAAAGACAAAGCAAAGGAAAAGGUUCCUAGCAGUAACGUUAUGCCGGGUAGCCCAACGAAAACUGUGUAUAAAAAGCCCCAAGAAAAGAAAGGGUGUAAAUGUGGUCGUGCCACCCAAAAUCCAAGUGUUCUUACAUGCCGUGGCCAACGCUGCCCUUGCUACUCGAACCGCAAAGCCUGCCUUGACUGCAUAUGCCGUGGCUGCCAAAACUCCUAUAUGGCUAAUGGGGAGAAGAAACUGGAGGCAUUUGCAGUGCCAGAAAAGGCCUUGGAGCAGACUCGGCUUACGUUGGGCAUUAAUGUGACAAGCAUUGCCGUGCGCAAUGCCAGCACAAGCACCAGUGUAAUCAAUGUGACAGGGUCACCAGUAACGACGUUUUUAGCUGCCAGUACACACGAUGAUAAAAGUUUGGAUGAAGCUAUAGACAUGCGAUACGACUGUUGAAUCUUUCUCUCUUUUCCCUGCCGUUAGUAGGGGAACUGCUACAGUUUUAAGGCAGCUAUGGUUCUGUUUAACUUGCUGGAGCUCCUGCGUUUAGAUCACUUGUAUCAAGUGUUUUUCAUUGCUAUGUUAUGUGUAUUAGUGUCUGGGAAAUAGUUGCAGAUAAUGGAGGAGUUACCCUAAAACUGUUUUUAGUUCUUACAGCACCUCAUAGUUGGAGAUCAAUUGCUGAUGUAAAUGAUUUUAUCACAAGAUCUUUGGCAAGGAAUAUAUUAACCUCAUUGUACUCAUUCAUGCUUUGUGCUCAGUCAAAGCUUCUGCUGAAAUGGAGAGAACUGGUAUCUAGUUAGUCCUUCUCAGUUGUUCUAGAUGACGAUGUAGAAGAGCGAUGUUCAGUUAGCUGCAAUCACUAUUGUUAGAAAAUCACCCAUAGAAAAUCAGUAUUCCUGAAGAAAACGCAGCCUUGAGCUG